AUGCAAAACGCAGUGGCUCGUAGUCUGGCUGCCCCUCUCUACCUGGACAUCGCAGGCGACCCCGACAGCGAGCGAGCGUUGGGGAAACAGCGCCUCUCGGUGGCCAUCGGUGUCCUGGCGGGCGCCGCGGCAGUCAUCCUGGUCAUCCUCCUGGUGGUGAUGGCCCGCCAGUGCGGCGCCCAGGGCAAGAACGGAUACGAGGGAGGGACGUUGGACCGCGGACGGAAGCCCCGCAGGGACAAACGGAACGGAGGCGCAGGAGGAGCCGGAGCCGGUAAUAAAACUGAACGGCCGCUCUACAGCGGCGUCGUCACGGUCAACGGGCUCCGUCGCCACGGCAACGACCACCACCACGUCGCCAACGUCGACGAUGACGACGAGGACGUGAGCAGCGCCAGCGAGAGGUUGGCGGCGAGGUACUGCGCGGUGGACGGAGACCCCGGGAGCCCACGCAUGGGCACCAGGCAUCACCAGUCGAGCCCAGAUCUGGCCAGGCAUUAUAAGUCAAGCUCGCCGCUCCCCGCGGUACACCUCCAGCCCUACAGCCCCCCAGCCGAGGGGAAAAAGCACCAGGCUGUACAGGAGCUGCCCCCCUCUAACACCUUCGUGGGGUCUGGAGGGUCCAGUGGCAGUGGUGGAAGUGGGAACGCUGAUGCCAUGUCUCUGGGGUCAGACCAGUGUUCUGAGUAUGGAUCCCAAACGGGGAAUAAGUACAGCAAACAGGCGACCCUGCGGAGGGUGACGUUCUCCGUGGUCCCGGGGCCUCAGGACGGUGGUUGCUAUGACAGCGCUGCAGAGGACUCUGAGACCCCCAGCAGUAAGGGUUCAUCUGGACCCCGAGUGGGGGCGCUGUCUCUCCCCGAGGAGGGGUACGAGAGGACCACACCUGAGGGAAGUGUAGGAGAGGAGGAACAUGUGGAGAACGAUGCCAGACAGCUCCCAGACGUAGCCCUGACAGGGAAGUGCACUAGGGAGUGUGAUGAGUUUGGACACUCCGACACUUGUUGGAUGCCCGCCGCUGUCCACCCGUCGCCUCGGCAACACCAGCGCCAGCGCCACGUCAGCGAGCCGCCCCGCCUUUCCACCUUCACCUCCCCUGGCAACGACAACAACAAUAACCAUGACGACGAUGAUGAGGAAGAUAGUGACAGUGAGAGCGCCGGCAGCGCCGGGAGUUCCGAACCGGGCGUAGUCAGCGUGGGAGUCGGCGGAGGAGGUCAGAGGUUACCGUUAGCCAAUGGGGAUCCUCUCGGCAGCCUGGUGGGCAGAGACAGGAUGAACCGGAACAUGGGCGACCACAACCGGAACCUACUCAACCGGAAGAUGACGUCAGCGUCGUACGACACCUUCAGCUCCGCCGGGUUCGGGAGACGCCAUCACGAGGAGGAUAGGGGGGGUCAGGGCAGGGUCAACCCUCCGGAGGUUAUACCAUUAACGAGGACCGGGGACUACAAGACCACAUCGUGCCUCACGCUCUCCCGUAGAGAGGUCUACCUGUAAGAGCAGGAUGGAUGGAUCAGUCCACUGCUGCUUCACCCCUUUGCUGAUGGAAUGGAACAUUCCAUCCCUGUUUGUUCUGAUGAAAUGGAACAGUCCACUUCUAGACAUUGGAAUGAAAUGGUCCAUUUCUGUUGUAGUUCUUUUGUUGAGAACUUUGACCAGCUGUGAAUAACAACAAUAAUAACAAUAAUAACAACACCUUAAGAGGAGAGGACCGCUCAGUGGGUUUGGGUUUGUUUUGGAGACAAGACACCACAUAACUACAAAACCACAAAAAAGGACACUGGGACCUUAGACUCCAAGAAGAAAUGACUAUAAGGUGUAAAUAAAAAAAGAUGAAUGGAGUGAAUUAACUGAACACCCCCCAAAGAAAACUACGAUUUAAUCGAAUCUGAACUUUUGGAUGCUAAAAACAUCAUAUUUAUGUGGAUGGUGAGGAGGGAGAUGGAUCUCCUUUGGGAGAGAGAGAGAGAGAGCAGUUCUGCUCUGGAGUCACGUACUGACUGACUUCAUCUAAUCUAGGUAGACGUUUCUCUCAAAGAAACAGAUCUAGGAUCAGUUUACUCUUCCCUGAAUCCUAACCUGAAGUAUUACAGGAAGCAACACAAUACUGAACUGAUAUCAGUGUCAAGUGUUAACUUCUUUCUUCUCUCUUUUUUUAAAAUACUCUUUAAAGUU